GAGUGUAAGUAUUUUUGGCUGAUCCGGGGCAGAAGGUGGCGGUAAUGCACCAACAAGUACGCCAACCGCCGUAAACCUAGAAGAAGAAGAAUAACAACACCAACAGCAACAAGAGGGAUCGCGAAAAGCAGCCAAGAGAAGCAGCACAUUCAACAAUGUCACGAUUGUUUUUGCCAAAUCGUCUUUGUGCUAAACGUGCCCUCCUCACAGCGCGCGCGCCUCCUCUGCUGACGUCGCAAGGCGGAGCGCGAGUCAAGCAGCAGCAGUUCGAUAAGCCGAUAGUUUUCAUUCAGCAGCAAACCCGAUGGGUCGGAGGGUCAAACGCAGAGUUUUUUAAAUACAGGUCAAAGUCCAGGAUUUGGAUAUGUGGCGUGGCUGCGGGGAUCGCUAUCGCCCUCGGGCUGAAAUACCGCGAGGACACAGCCAGCGGCUCCUGUGAGGAUCAAGUCGAAGACGCACAGGCGGAUCGAUACAGCGAUGCCAUCCGAGUUAGCAGGGACCUUGUGGAGAGGAUAAAGGUAAGCGUCCAGACCGAGGUCGGGGCCCCCGGGCUGGUGGUGGGGGUCUCUGUGGAUGGAGCUGAAGUCUGGAGUGAAGGCCUCGGUUAUGCUGACUUGGAGAAUCGGGUUCCGUGCAGCCCAGAAACAGUGAUGCGGAUCGCCAGCAUCAGUAAACCGCUCACAUCUGCAGCGGCUGCACGGCUGUGUGAGGAGGGGAAACUGGAACUCGAUGUCCCUGUCCAGAAAUAUGUCCCAGACUUUCCCCAGAAACAAUUUAAUGGACAGGAUGUCACAAUCACCCUUCGUAUGGUUCUGUCCCACCUGAGUGGUAUACGGCAUUAUGAGAAGGAUGCAAAGAAAGUGAAGGAGUCCAAGGAGAAAGCCAAGCGUCUCUUUAAGCCUGGAAAGAAAGAAGAUGAAAAGAGCUCAUCUGAAAACAAAGACACACCUGCAACAGAACAAAACACCAAAGGCAAAGAAGCCACUCAGGAGAAGAAGAAAGAGUUUGAGCAUGAGGAAUACUACUUGAAGGACAACUUUGAAAGUGUCACUCAGGCUUUGGACCUCUUCAAGGACGACCCACUCAUUUUCAAACCUGGCACCACUUUUCUGUACUCCACCCACGCCUUUACCCUGCUCGGUGCUGCUGUGGAGCGAGCUGCUGGACAGCGCUUCCUGGAUGUCAUGAUGAACAUGUUCCACGAGCUGGGAAUGCUUCACACUGUGCCCGAUGAGAAUGACCCUAUUGUUUACCACCGCUCCAGAUUCUACCACAUCAACAAGAGCGGCCGUGUGGUGAACUGCCCAUAUGUAGACCACUCCUACAAGUGGGCAGGAGGCGGCUUCCUCUCCACCGUGGGUGACCUGCUGCUGUUCGGUCACGCUCUGCUCUACAGCUACCAGGUGGCCCACCUGCAGGACGCCGAGGGCUUACUUCCUGGCUUUCUCAAACCCCAAACUGCCAUAGAUCUUUGGUCACCAGUGGACAGGACAGAGGCAAGCUGGGACAAGGAUGGACUGUAUGCACAAGGCUGGCUGGUGGUGGAGAAACUCCAGAAAUAUGGGCAGUGCAGGAAGCGUAGGCACUAUGUGUCACACACAGGAGGCGCCGUGGGGGCGAGCAGUGUCCUCCUGGUGCUACCCAGUGAGGAGAUGGAUGAGAAUCAAGGACGGACCCCCCUCCUCCCUCAGGGAGUGGUGGUCACCAUCAUCACGAACAUGCAGUCAGUUGGACUCAACAGCACAGCGCUGAAAAUUGCACAUGAGUUUGACAAAGCCAGAAGCCUGUAAGAGGACAUUAUUUACAGAAGUGGGAUUUUUAUAUUUUACAUCAGUAUUUCCGAUCAACCAGGAAACAAUAAAUUUGUGAUAAGGCAA